AUGGAGUUUGAUAGUGAGGAAGAAGCAUAUGAUUUUUACAAUGCACACGGUGGUCGAAUUGGUUUUAGCAUCCGGAAGGAGAAUGGCAAUAAAAUUAAUGGAAGAAUUACAUCAAGGGCAUAUGACAAGAUAAAGGCAAAGUACGUAAUUUCUAAAUUUGUAGAAAGUCACGACCAUCCAUUCAUAAUUGCUGAAUGCAGUCACAUGAUGCCGUUUCAACGACGAAUUUCCUUAGUCCAGGCCAUUCAUGUUGAGUUGGUUUCGGAUUUAGGAGUUCCAGCUUGUAAUACAUAUGUGUUGAUGGGAAGGCAAUCUGGUGGCAAAGAAUCAGUUGGGUACUUGAAAGUGGAUCUUAAAAAUUAUUUAAGGACGCGAAGACAAAAUGAGCUUCUUUAUGGAGAGGUGGCAUGA